CCGAGUCACAAGAAUGCAAAAUAAAACUUUAAAUGUCUGUACAUUACAUAACUGUACAUUACAUAUUAUUGUUAUUCAAUGAGCACUUUCCUUUUUCUUUUUCACCGGCAACAGAACAGACCUUGUGCCGAUGCGCGCAAUUGGGUUUUAGGGACUUUGUGAUUGUAAAGCAGUUCGAUUACCUAAAUUCGACUAGUAUAGGACUUGAUUCUCAUUUAACCACGAAGUUUAAUAUCCUAAAAAAUGCAAAAGAGCCUUUUGACUUUCUUUACGCGUUCCCCUAAACCUUUGUCUGAAACUUCAAACAAAAUCUGCCCAGAAUCCUCAAAAAGCACAAACUCUCCAGUUGCAUUCCUGAGACCACCCGGUGAAUGCGAUGAUGAAAAUAUGUCCAGCCCCACUACUUCGUCCGUUAGCAAAAGACGACGGGUUAUCAUUGAGUCCAGUGAUGAUGAAGAUGAGGCUUCUGUUCUCUCAAAAGAGAAGACGGAAUCGGUAAAUAAGCAUGAUUUAUCACAUUAUUCAUUCUCCCCGCAGCCAGUCAGACAAAAUGGCAAAAAGAUAAAUGAAGCAACAGACGAAUCUCUUCUUGAAACGAGUGUAGUCGCGCAGGUCAAUGAAGCUUUUGAAGAUGAAAGUGUUUCAUGGACUCACUUAAGCCUUCCAUUUUUGGAACCCUCUAAAAUCAAAGACAUCAAUGGUCGAAGGCCUGAUCAUCCAGAAUAUGACUCACACACAUUAUAUGUUCCAGAGGAGUUUAAGACUAAACAAACUCCUGGCAUGCGGCAGUGGUGGGAAUUAAAGUCGCAAUACACUGACGUAAUUCUGUUUUUUAAGGUUGGCAAGUUUUAUGAAAUGUACCACAUGGAUGCUAUGAUUGGCGUAAAAGAGCUUGGUUUGGUGUUUAUGAAGGGGAGCUUUGCACACUGUGGAUUUCCUGAAGUGGCUUUUCCUCGUAUGGCUGAUCAGCUUGUCCGUAAAGGUUACAAGGUUGCUCGCAUUGAACAAACGGAGUCAAUUGAUGCUAUGAAUGAACGAUGCAAACGAAAAUCUUCAAGCGAGAAGGUUGUGCGAAGAGAAGUAUGUCAAAUUAUAACACCAGGUACUUGCACAGCCAGUACGAGGUCAGAGAUAUCUGAUGUAAAAGCUGUGGAGACUGGUGAUGUUGAAAAUGGCGACGAGGGCUUUAGGGACCUAAUAAACUUAGCCCAUCCUGAUUCAUUUUUACUUGCUGUUGUAGAAUCACAUGGUGAUAAAAGUUACCCUUUUGCUUUCGGAAUAGGCUUAUUGAAUGCAUCCACUGGCAAAAUCAAUAUUGGUCAGUUUUUAGAUGAUCGUCACUGCUCUCGAUUACGUACAUUCUUAUCCCACUAUCCUCCUAACCAGUUACUAAUCGAGCGCGGAACUGCAGGAUCAGCUAUAAAAUCCUUGAUAAAAACAUCUCUUUCGUGUGUUCCAACUGAGUUUCUAACUCCAACGAAACAGUUUUGGAGUGCAAAGAACACUGUUCAAGAGCUGGAGACAGCUGAUUAUUUCCCAAAACAGACGUCCAACACCGUUGAUCCGAAUCAUGUCUCUAAAGUAUCUUCGUUUCCUGACAAAGAAAAUUGGCCAGAUGUUCUCUUAAACAUGUUGUCCGAAGAUGAUCCACUAGGACGUACCGUAAAGUCAGAGUGGGAACUAGCGUUCCGGUGUCUUGGUGCACUUAUUUACUACUUACGAUAUUGUUUGAUUGAUCGGGAAGUACUAUCACUGGGUUUCAUUGAUGUAUACGUACCAAUAGAUAUGAAGAAUGCUAACUCUCAAAGAAGUCCUGGCUCUAUUGAAUUAUUUUAUGAUACACAGUCUCAGAUGGUUUUGGACAAUAUUACAUUAUCUAAUUUGGAUAUCAUACGAAACAAUGUAGAUGGUUCUCAAGAAGGUUCUUUGUUGCAACGUCUCAAUACUUGUUGUACCUUCUUUGGACGUCGUUUGUUGCGUCAGUGGAUAACUGCUCCACCAUGCAACCCAAAUGUUAUUAGACAAAGACAACUAGCAAUUGAAAAUCUUAUUUCUGUCAGUGAUAUAAUUCCUAAACUUCGAGAAAAAUUAGCUCAGUUGCCUGAUUUGGAGCGUCUUAUUACAAAAAUUCAUUUAUUGGGUUCUAAAGGUGAUAAAAACCAUCCAGAUAGCAGGGCAAUCAUAUUUGAAGAAGUUCAAUAUUCAAGAAAAAAUAUUAUCGAUUUUGUGGCUACUUUAGAUGGUUUUGAAUUAAGCUACAAAAUAAUUAAUGAAAUCAAUCAUUAUCCAUUAAGCUCCGCAUAUUUGAAAAAAUUAGUGACUCUAACUAAUCUGGGUGGCAACUUUCCUGAUAUCACUGAGAAAAUAAAUUAUUUUAAAAAUGCUUUCGAUGCUGAAAAAGCUAAAAGGGAAGGUCGAAUCACUCCAGAACCUGGUAUAGAUCCUGAAUAUGAUGAGUCACUGUCGGAAAUCAAAAGGAUUGUUGAGGAUAUGGACAGAUUUUUAUUAAAAUGGAGCAAAACGUUCGGUACACGGCUUGCAUAUUGGGGAACUGGUCGCAAUCGUUAUCAGAUUGAAAUCCCAGAGUCUCUAGCAUCUCGUGUUCCUAACUCAUGGCAGUUAUCUUCACAGCGAAAAGGUGUCAAACGUUAUACUUGCUCAGAGACCCAAGAAUGGCUAAGCGAGUUAACUGCUGCUGAGGAACGUAAAGAUGCUAGUCUACGGUCGAUAAUGCAACAUAUAUUUUCAUCGUUUAGCGAAUCAUUUACCCAUUGGCACAUGGCUAUGUCUUGUUUAGCUGAAUUAGACUGUCUAAUUGCUUUAUAUUUGUACAGUAUAAAUGCUUCUGAUGUGAUGUGUCUUCCAGAAUUCAUUGAUCUAAAUUCAUCUACUGAACCAUUACUGGAAAUAGUUGAUGGAAUUCAUCCUUGUCUUAUAAAUACAUUUUCUGGUGGAGAUAUUAUUUCAAAUGAUAUAAAGCUUGGUACAACAUCAUCGAUGAUAAAUUCACCAACACAGCAUCAUACGUUACAUGAUAUGUUUAACAAUGCUUCUGUUAUUCUUGUCACUGGUCCUAAUAUGGGUGGAAAAUCAACUUUGAUGAGACAAGCUGCUUUAUUAGUUAUAUUAGCCCAUUUAGGUUGUCGUAUUCCGGCCAAGUCAUGCAAACUAACUCCUGUGGAUCGAAUAUUUUCACGCCUUGGUGCAAGUGACAGAAUGCUUUCAGGUGAAAGUACGUUUUUGGUGGAGUUAUCAGAGACGGCAUCUAUUUUGCAUCAUAUCACUCCUCAUAGUCUUGUUUUGAUGGAUGAAUUAGGUCGUGGAACUUCCACUCACGACGGAUCAGCCCUAGCAGGUGCAGUUGUGUCUUACUUAGCUAAACCAAAUGGUAGGUUUUUCAAUGGCUCUGGCCCUAGAACUUUGUUUUCAACGCACUAUCACAGCUUGGUAGAUCAAGUUGCUAACAAAGACCGAUCUACUUCGGAUGAAGAUAUAAAUCACUUAUGUAUUGGCCUGGGUCACAUGGCUUGUAUGGUUGAAGCAGAAUCAGAGUCAACAAAUGGUUUAGAAAAUAUCACAUUUUUGUAUAAAUUUAUUCCUGGUGCAUGUCCGAAAAGCUAUGGUUUCAAUGCAGCUCGUUUAGCUAUGCUGCCUGAUAAGGUUAGAGUUUCAUGAGUAAACUAUGUACUGUUUUGACAAUGAUUUAUCUAUGUGUGCAUCUUUUUUGUUUUUUUUUCUCUAUUAUCAAUAUCUUAUUACGUUAAUAGUGAAUUUGAGUAGUCAAUUUAAUUACCGAUAUCACUAUCCAUAAACUGUUUGUUUAUUUGAGACCAGACAUUUUUCAUGGAUUUCCACAUAGUUUUUCUUCAUAGUAAUCUUAAUCCAUGUACCAUUAUGUGUAACUGAUAAAAUCUUUAGUAUAGUAUAUCCUUCAAUUAAAGCCGUAUUAUCCAAAGACUACAUCCCAACCUAAUAGAAGAUAUGACAUCUAAAUAACCAUGUAUUAAGACACUACGUUUCGUGAAAAAUAUUAAUAGUGAUAUUUGUA